GGGGUGACCACUGGAGCCGGCUGGCAAUGCCAGACGCCCGGUGGGGGCGGGCCCAGCAGCCAGCUGCCCAUCGAGCCGGGCCCGCACUUGGCCUGGCCUCGCCUCUGUGUGCGGGCAGCCGUGCCACUCGUCCGGCCAUGCGGUGGCCGCUGGGCACCUCUCUUGCCAUGUGGCCGCUGGGCAUCUCUCUUGCCAUGGUGCUGGCAGCCGGGCCCGAGAGGGCCCCUCAGGGGGUCCGGCUGCAACAGGGUGGGCACCAGCCUGCAGCCCAGGAGCAGCUGGACCGGUCCAGGCGAGGAGCUGAGCGGGAGCACGCCAAGGGAUUGCAGCAGUACGUGCCCGAGGGGUGGGCUGAGUACCCCCGGCCCAUCCGCCCCGCUGCCCCGCAGCCCACCCAGCCUUGGGUGGCCGCCAGCCCCUCCCCGGACCGGGCCAGAGCGACUGGGGGCAGCGGGCAGGAGCCCCGGGGCAACGUGACGGGGCCGCCCGGCUGGCGCCUGCAGGUGCAGAACCCACUGUACCCAGUGACUGAGCACUCCUACGGGGCCUACGCCGUCCUGCUGCUGGCCCUGCUGCUGUUUGCCGUGGGCAUCGUGGGCAGCCUGGCGGUCAUGUGCAUUGUGUGGCAUAGCUACUACCUGAAGAGCGCCUGGAACUCCAUCCUGGCCAGCCUGGCGCUCUGGGACUUCCUGGUCCUCUUCUUCUGCCUGCCCGUCGUCACCUUCCACGAGAUCACCAAGCAGAGGCUGCUGGGCGCCGUGUCCUGCCGGGCGGUGCCCUUUGUGGAGGUCUCUUCCCUGGGCGUCACCACCUUCAGCCUCUGUGCCCUGGGCAUCGAUCGCUUCCACGUGGCCACCAGCACCCUGCCCAAGGCCAGGCCCAUCGAGCCGUGCCCGUCCAUCCUGGCCAAGCUGGCAGUCAUCUGGGUGGGCUCCAUGACGCUGGCCGCACCUGAGCUCCUGCUGUGGCAGCUGGUGCGGGAGCCCAGCCCUGCUGCGGGCUCCGUGGAUGCGUGCGUCAUGAAGCCCUCGGCCCACCUGCCUGAGUCGCUCUACUCACUGGUUCUGACCUACCAGAACGCCCGCAUGUGGUGGUCCUUCGGCUGCUACUUCUGCCUGCCGGUGCUGUUCACGGUCACCUGCCAGCUGGUGACGUGGAGGGUGCGGGGCCCACCGGGCAGGAAGCCGGAGAGCCGGCCAGGCCCGCAGGAGCCGCCGGGGGCCCGGCCCAGCAGCACCGUGGCAGGCCUGGCUGCCCUUCACGCCCUCUGCGCCCUCCCCGAGAACGUGUGCAACGUCGUGGCCGCCUACCUGUCAGCCGCGCUCACGCGCCAGACCCUAGAGCUGCUGGGCCUGGUCACGCAGUUCUCCACCUUCUUCAAGGCGGCCCUGACGCCGCUGCUGCUCCUGUGCGUGAGCCGCCCGCUGGGCCGCGCCUUCCUGGACUGCUGCUGCUGCUGCUGCGAGGGCUGCGGCGGGCGGGCGGCCCCCACCGGCCCCCGCGCCAAGCUGCACACGGAGCUGUCCGCCUCCGGCUACUUCCACAAGCCCCGUGAUGCGCCCCCGCUCCUGGCCCUGGGCACGCCCUGCUGAGGCCCAGCCGGCCCGCGGUGGGGGAGCUCUGUCCAGAGGUGGGCUCGGCUCCCCGGGCUGGGGUCCGGGUCUGCCGGAGCCCCUCCCUGCUGCGCUGGGGCCUGCCCACCCAUGCGCUCACCGGGGUGGUAGUCCUGCAGGCCCUUAGAGCUGCCCUGAAACUCUCCGGAACCUCACCUGGCCCCGCCCCCGCCCCCCUCCGCAAUCUGGAGCCUGACCGCACCUCCCGUGUGCUCCUCUCUGCACCGUGCCCCCAGGACCGGGCUCCUCCCUGGGCACGGCCGACCCCGCGCUGCACGCCUCCUUUGGGCACCGUCCCCCCGGGAGGACUUGUCUCUUCAUCCACCUCCUCCUCCGAUGUACCCCCGGUUGACCUGUCCCCCCCGCUCCCCGCUCAGGUGCUCCCCUGUAGAAGGCCCCUCUUGGAAAGCAAUAAACUAGGUAAACAA